GUAAUUCACACGCACAGUGCUUAGUCCAACGCUGCUCUUAUCUACCUUUGCUUGCCAGGCACCAUGGAAGGCGUUUCUGAUGGCAUGGCUCAACUGACGCUCGGUCCACAAGAUGGUCCCGGAGAUGGUCUGGGCGACGCUGUAGCUCCUUGCCAUUUCGCACGGCUGGCGGGGGACCUCAUCCGUCGGGUGGCAUCUUUUCUGCACGCUAACGAUGUAGCGGCCAACCUGAAGCUAGUUUGCCGCGAGACAGCAGCAUGCUUGUGGGACUACAACAAAUUUGUCCUUGCGCAAAAGCCGACGCAAGCGGGGGACCCUGUCCUGGCGCAACCCAGCUGGCCUGGUCGGCACUUCGUCGCCCACUGGGGCAACCCGGAGCGCUGGGACGACCAUAGCGCCAAAGUGCGGCACACCCUCCUCUGCCUGGCCGCGUCAUCAAACCACCCGCCAAGCCUGGAAGUCGCGCUGCAGCGCUGCGGCUGCACCCUGGAUGAAUACGUGCUCGUGUCAGCUGCCGCGGCGGGCAACCUCGAUGGCUGCGAGAGGCUGCUCAUGGAUGGCUGCCCGCUGCAUGCAUGGCGCGUGGCCUACACUGCCGCCAAGCGGGGCCACCUGCACGUGCUGCAGUGGCUUGACAAGAGCGGCUGGCCUCUGGAUGACCCAGCGCGCGACUACGCUACUUGGGAUUCGGCUACAGCCGGCGCCUUCAGCGGGGGUCACCGCAAUGUCGUGGACUGGCUAGAGCAGCGUCUGGGGGCUGGCGGCCAGACACCGUGGUGGGGGCCCGAGAAGCUAGCGGCACAUGCAGCUGAAGCCGGACAUGUUGCCUUGCUCGAGCGCUUGGCGCCGCUAAUCCGGCCCCGGAACUGCCCCCAGCGGCAGGAGGUGCUGCAGACGACGGUGGCUGCCAUCGCGCGCGGCUGCCCGCUGGAGGUGCUACAGCGCUAUUACCACUACACAGGAGAGGCAGGCGUCAGCGGCGACGGCAGUAGCAGCAGUGGUAGCGGCAGCAGUGGCAGUAGCAGCGAGGGCAGCAGCGGCGGUCAGGCCACCGCCGGCGCGGAUGUCGCACGCGAGGCUGGCGCAGGCGGCGGCGGCGCCAGCGAUGCUAAUGCAGGCGGUGGCAGCGGCGGCCCUGGCGGGGGGAUCUGGGUCGGCCGCACGCCCCUGCGCGGCGCACGUGCGCGGUACCUGUUGUCGGCUGCGCUCGCCAGCCCGCUUCCCGACUGGAGUGAGAAGCUGGACUGGCUGCUGUCGCAGUGCGACCACGGCUGGCACGACGGCGCGCCCAUGCAGGUACACGUGUCAGUCCUGCUCAAUGCGCCCGAGGACUGCGACGGCUGCGGCGACUGCAGCGGCGGCGGCAGCGGCGGCGGCGGCGGCGGCAGCGGCGGCGGCGGCAGUGACGGCGGCGGCAGUGACGGCGGCGGCGGCAGUAGCGGCGGCGGCGGCGGCAGCAGGGGCUUGACCACGCGGCUCGUGAACUCGCACUGCGCGGGCAGUAGUGACGGGCAGGGCCGCGACUGCGGCUGUAGCCGGCACGGCGGCGGCUUCAGCGCGCGGCUUGCGGCGCUACGGCAGCGGCGGCUGGCACUGGACUAUACGUCGGACGAUGUACGGCCCGGCGCAGAUUGGAUUUACUGGAGUAAGAACGGCGUGGCGCUCCUCACACACCUGCUGUUCGAGGCAGGCGAGAUGCUGGUCAGCACCUCGCUCCUCAUGGAGGCGGCGCGGGAGCGCUGUCUGCCGCUGCUACGGCUGCUGUUGGCGGCGCCGGCGCUGGGCGUGGCGCGCUGGUCAAGGAGCCAGAAGCUGCAGCUGGCGCAUGCUAUGUUGACGGGCAGGGGCGCGUGGAGGGGGCAAUCGCACCUGCCUGACUCGCGGCUGCGCGAGCUGCUCGGCCUGAUGCGGGAAUGGGGGCUGUUGCAAAUGAUGGCGGCGCCGGGUGCAGACACACCGCCUGCGCCGGAGGCGGAGGCGGAGGCGCAGGCAGUGGAGGCAGCGCGGCAGCGGGCGUGGGACGGCGCGCUGGCGAGCCUGGUGGCCGUGGGCAUGACUCAGGGCAUGUUUGAGGAGCUGGAGCGGGCCUGCGGGACAGCAGUGCCCGGCGACUUGAAGCAGCUGGUGGUGGUGGGAGGCAGCGUCAAGCUGCUGCAAGUAGUGCUGAGCCGGCCGAGCCCGACUGCGCCGGUACGAUUCGACGAAGAGGACACGUGGCACGCGUUGGGUGCCAAUGCCGCUGCCGUGGUGUGGCUCAUGACGCGAAGUCUCGCGGAGCUGCCCUCACUUGAGUUUGUGGUUGAGCAGCUCAAGCGGGCGGACUCGGCGGCCGUUUUCCCACAGCUGGAGCUGUGGAUACGGCUGGUCAUCGGGUUGGCAUCAGUGUGCAUUGAGUGUGUGAAGGAAAGGCGGGGGGCGAGGGAGGCGGCGGCCAUCCGGGCCCGUGCUGUUGCAGAUGGUGGUGAUGGUGGUGAUGAUGAUGCGGAUGCGGCUGGUGCGGCUCUAGCGGCGGAGCUUGCAGCGCUAGGAGCGGGCGUGGCGACGAUCGCGUGGGCUGUGCAGGAGCGGCAAUGGGAUCGGCUGGUGGCGGCCGUGGAUGGCAAUAGCGAGCUGAAGCUUCCGCCAUACCAGCGGGAACUGCUGACGACUCGGACCAGGGCGGUGCCGCUGGCGCUGCGGCAAGGGGCCGGGGCGGAAUGACAUGCGCUUAGAGCAUGAGCGUCCUUGGCUUCGGAGGCUGCGAGGGCUACCCGUUUAGGCAUGCAGAUGUGUAUGUAGAUCAGGUAAGUCGCUAAUACAGGAUGUGUACGCGAAGGUGCGGUGAGGGCGAGUGGGUGCAGGCAGGACGCAAGCGUGGGAUCGUGUCGAAUUGCCAAAUUCCAGCUGUCCGAGCCUACAUCCCCCACGGCGACGAGCGUGACGCGGUGUCAUAUACCAGAUGU